CGGAGCACACACGGUCGGGGCGCCUGGAGAAGGGCGGCUGGUCACGCGCCACCCAGGGUCCGGGCCCCUGCACGAUCUGCAGGAGAGCUCGGGGACGGGGCCCACCCACCCCACCUCUCGAUCGCAGGCCACACAGAAGCUUCCGCCUCCUUCCCGGCCCCCCUCCGGACUUCCCCGGGGAGGCUUGGCGGGUGUGGACUGGACUGAGGUGGAACGAGUUCUGUAGCUCAGACGGCAGCCCCGGUGGUUUCGGGUGUGAGGGCAGGCCUAGCUGGAGAAGGCGAUCAGGGCGGACGAAGCCGGCGCUCCCGGGUCUGGGUGGAUCCCGCUCGGAGCGUAACUCUUGGUAGGGAGCCCGGAAGCCACCCGCUGAAAAAGAUGCCUGGCUUCAACAGAUUGUUUCCCCUGGCUUCCCUCCUGCUCAUUUUGUGGGCUGGCGUCUGCUUCCCUGUGUGUGUGGAAGUGCCCUCGGAGACGGAGGCGGUUCAGGGCAAUCCCAUGAAGCUGCGCUGCAUCUCCUGCAUGAAGAGGGAGGACGUUGAGGCCACCACGGUGGUGGAAUGGUUCUACAGGCCCGAGGGCGGUAAAGAUUUCCUUAUCUAUGAGUAUCGGAACGGCCACCAGGAGGUGGAGAGCCCCUUCCAGGGACGCCUGCAGUGGAACGGCAGCAAAGACUUGCAGGACGUAUCCAUCACUGUGCUCAACGUCACCCUGAAUGACUCCGGCCUCUACACCUGCAACGUGUCCCGGGAGUUUGAGUUUGAGGCACAUCGCCCCUUCGUGAAGACCACCCGGCUCAUCCCCCUCCGUGUCACCGAGGAGGCUGGAGAGGACUUCACCUCUGUGGUCUCAGAAAUCAUGAUGUACAUCCUCCUGGUCUUCCUCACUCUGUGGCUGCUCAUCGAGAUGAUAUAUUGCUACAGGAAGGUCUCAAAGGCCGAAGAGGCAGCCCAAGAAAAUGCGUCUGACUACCUGGCUAUCCCAUCGGAGAACAAAGAGAACUCUGCAGUACCAGUGGAGGAAUAGAAGGGGGCAACCGGAGGUGGCCUGAACACUGGAGCACUGGCUACCCCAUGUUCAGUGAUGUCAACAGCGUCAGGAGGGUGCCCCAGGGGCCACAUCACUUCUCUUCACGCGUCCAUCCUUCAGUUCAUCCAUCAUACAUCCACUCACCUCUGAACUGUCACCUCUGACUUGUUAACUCCAUCAGACCUCCACACACAAGACUUUGCCAGAACCAAGGAGCCAACAUUUCUACACGACUCAACCUCAGCCUGCCCUUGCUUUCAAGCAAGCAGCUCCCAUGCCAACCGGACCCCUCCCCUGUGCUCCACCCGGCUUUGAACACGUGCUGGAGCCCGCUCAUUCUCCAUUGCCGCAAGUGAAUGGAGGGCUUAACGGAAGGAAGCUGGAGUGAUUAGUCUGGGUUAAAGCAAAAGAGUGUCAUGAAGUGGGAUUCCUUGAAGUCAGUUUUUCUAAGUUCCUGGCCCACUUGGCUGGAGCAUCAGAGCAAAGCAUGCCUUUCUAGGCCCUCCAGUGAUAGAAAGUUCAUUAAGCAUGGACUAAAAUAUUCUCUGGACUAUGGUGCUCCAGGGCUAGAUCCCAAGAGGUCUCAAAGGCCUGGGUUAGUGUCAGUCCUUCAAGAAGCCGAGGGCAGGGGACUUAGGAAGUCAUACAACAUGUUCAUGAUCCUCCUGGCGCAACGUGUGUGUGCCUUGCCAGGUGAGCACACCACCGGAGAUGGCUGGGUGGCAUUGUUUUCCUGUGGGCACUGGGACUGCAAUUCCCAAGUCCUUCCUCUCAAAAUUUCUGUGGGUCAGUAUGAUGACUCAUACAGGAGGCAAUGGAGACCCAAGACAGGACUCCACUGAUAAGAGACUUCAAAGGAUAAACUGGAGCAGAUAGAAGCCUAAGGCACGGUCCAGUUUACACUUCCCGAGAUGGGAUAAUUUUGUUCUUGAAAAGACUUCGAAAUUGAGUUUGGCCAUGGCACAGAACUCAGUGGAUUGCCUGGCUAAGGUUAGCUCUGAUUCAGGCAACUAGAAAUUGGCCAAAAAGGCAGAGAGAAGGAUGUGAGGUAGAUUUGAAGAAUCUCUUUAGUGAAAAUGUUUGUGAAUCUGAGAUGUCUUCCAGAAGGGGAACGCAUCCAGGAAUGGCAUUUAACUGACACAUGUUUUUAGCCUGAGAUAGAUGAUGGCAAAUGAGUGGCGUGAUAGAGGAGGGACAGGCUAGGUGGCUUCCAAAUAUUUCACCUGUGAAUUCAUAAUGUCCAGGUUUUUUUUUUUUCCCUAGAUGAUAGGAGAGCAGAUGAACACUGGAAACAUUUUAGUCAACAUCUCAUGUUUCACUUUGAGUAACUGGUGUAAGUGUGAUGUCCUUCCGCACCUUGUGAUAAGAGGGGCAAGGAUGCUUUAUGGGAUGUGAGAAGAUGAAAGUGACUGGGAUUCGAUGAAUAAGAUGUCCCUCAGAUCCAGGGGGAUAUAUGGGGAAAGAUCCCACUCUCUUGGCUUUGGGCCUCACCUGACAAACUCAGUUCAUCUCUGCCAUCCCUGGGAAAGCACUUGAAUUAGUCCUUGUUCACAUAUUCGAGAGUCUGAUUUUAUCAAAGAAAAUACUUUCAAUAAAUUCAAGGCGUUUAUCACUGGUCAUUUCCCACACAGUCUCUCUGAAAUAGGGGACAGAGUAUAGAUUUUCCUUACUUUCCUGUGAGGAAAACAGGCCUGGAUUACUGUGAGCUUUUCCCAGUCAUGUGGAUGGUGGAUGACAAGCCGGCUGCAGAAACGACUUUCUACCACUCCACUUCCCUCUUGCUUCAGUAGACCACGCAUCUAACUUGUGAUCUAGAAGGCACGUUUGCUUUUUCUCCCUUUUUAAAAGCCCAACUCAGGUAUUUCCUGAGUGAUUUUUAAUGAAGCUGAAUGGUACCUCUUUUUCUUAUCCUUUACAAGUAAUCUUCUUUAGUCUUUUCCUCCUCCUAACUUCUCAACUCUUCUCAUCUUUAAUGCUUUCUUUAUUAAGCUAUAUGAUUUACCAAGCAUUUUAAUUAUCUUAUUUCUUCUCCACAACUAGCUGUGAGGUGGAUAUUGCUAAUACGUUAACAAAUGAAGAAACAUGCUGUCUGAGGCUAAGAAGCUUUACCAAAUCAUAAGUUCAUAUAGCUGGUAAACAGAGAGCUGGAAUUCAGGUCUUCUGAGCCCUAGCCCAGCUCUCUUUCCACUGAGACCAUAGCUGCUUCCUUUCCUCUCUUUUUUAUUUUUUUUACUUCCAUCUAAUCUUUGUCUCUCUUGCUUGUCCUGAGAUGUUAAACAUCUUCGCUCACCCCUAAUCCCACUUGACUGCUCCUGUACCACUUUGCUUCUUGGUCCAUGCUAAAAAUGGAGUCUUACUCUCAUGUUCGUUUUCCCUCUCUCGUUGGUUUGUACCUCAUUAUUUCUCCUGAAUUGCAAUUAAACUCCUUCCUGGGAGACUUGAUGACUAUAAAUCCACAAGGUACUGUGAUCACCAGCCUACUUCAGAUCCUCACUCAUUCCCUGUUCCUCCGCAUAUUCCUACAAAGGACCCAGAUAAAUGUGCACUGCUCUGGAAGCUUUAUCUGGCAUGCUGUUCUUACUAAAGGGCUUAGAUAUGUUCUCAAGGGCUAUCAUCACUCUAGGAACCCCACCUGUUGUCUUGGUGCUGGAUAUUUCCCCUGACUGAUGCUUAAUAAUACAAUUCACUCAAGGCCAGCUCGGCUGGGUCUGGUUUUCCCUCCCCUGGGGCUUAACAGCCAUGACCUUCAUUGCUCAACUCUGCUGGCCCUGUGAGCACCUUGCCCUACUGACCUUUGCCAUCAGCUCAGCCUUGCAUCGCAGCCCCAACUCUUAUAUGGAAAUACCUUGACGGUCAGCACCUGUCCCAACACCAGCCUUUAUUUCCAGUCCAUCUAAAAGCCCUGUCCUUUAGAGUCACCACCCCCAAACACCCACAUACCCGGAUUUCUGACUCUCUGAGUUUCUGGUUUCUCCUUAGAUGUCAAACUAGAAAUGUUAGUAGGAAAGGAAUUUUUCAGAGCAGGAAUAUGCUGGAAAUAUGUAUAGAGCUAUGAAUGGUUAAGAGAAGAGAUAGUAGCUCCUUUUAUCCCCCCCAAAACUAUGGGAUCAAAAAGGAAAAUACACCCAUCUCAGAAUCUGUGAACCCACCUGACAUAAAUCAGAGAGAAAAGGCCGUGUAACUGCAUCUCGGCAGGAAGAAGCAGCGAGGAGCUAGACCCAUUUCAGAAUAGAUCUUGGCUCCCUUUCGCAAGCGGAAAUGGAAAAAUAAAACAAAAAACACCUUCCUCUCCUAUCCUUUUGUAAAUGAAAAGCCCUCAGCCCAGUGAGUCCUCCUAGUCACGGCAAAUGUAUCUGUGUAGUACUUGGUGCAUCAUUACUGCGAUCAUCCAUUCAUUCUGCAUUUCAGCACCCUCUCUGCGUCAGGCACCAGUCUAGACCCUGAGUGUGCCCUGCGCUCUUAGGUUUUAAAAAUAUCAUCAUCCAAGCCUUUCCUAGUCUCUAACACUCUACCGUGGCAGACGACUCCUGUUUGGCGCCCCUCCCCUUCCUUGAGGCUGUAGUUGGACCCAGUAGACGCACACUUGAAGUGAGUCCGAGCGGUAGCUCAGACUCAACCCCCAUCAUAGGCCAGCUAAGCCUCAAAGCUGGUAUUACUCUUUUUUGGGCAGAGUGACAGGGAGGGAGGCACUGAGGGACGAGCACUUGUAGGUUUGUGAGGCACCAAACACAAUCAGCAAACUCGUACAGCCAUGGAACUUGUCACCAUGUUGUCACCUUCAUGUGGCUUUUUCUUGAUUUUCCACAGCCAAUCUUUUUCUGAACUUUAGAAAUGUUGUUCCUGACCACUCAAGCUCUCAACAACCUAAUGCCUGUAUGUGGUGUUUUUCAGUAAACUCCCUGUUCCUGUCAAUAAAGUGUCUCUAAACGCUG